AUGGAGUCGGCAGCCAAAGUGCCGGUGGCGGAAGUUGUCAAGCAUGCAUCAGCGGAAGACUGCUGGGUUGUCGUGAACGGGAAAGUGUACGACUUGUCAAGAUUCGCAUCAGAGCAUCCGGGUGGUCCACAAGUCAUCUGGAAAUGGGCCGGUAAAGAUGGCACUGAGACAUAUAACAUGUACCACGCUGCCGAUUUGAUCGAUAAAGAUUUGCCUGCUGCUGACAAGAAGGGAGCCCUGGAUCAGUCAACCAUCACAGAAACCUGGACCAAAGCCCAGAAGCAAGAAACGUCGGCGGCCAAGGCAGAUCCCAAUGAGAAGCCUCCUCUGUCCUCUCUCAUCAACCUUGACGACUUUCUAGUUGCGUUCGAAAAAAGCGGCUCUCCGAAAGGCUGGGUCUACAUUCAUGGAGCUAGCAACGAUCUCCUUUCUCUCAAUGCCAACAGAUCCUGGUGGGGCAAGAUCUGGUUCCAUCCUCGCAUCAUGAGAGACGUUUCUGUCAUCAAUACCAAGAUGACUAUGAUGGGAGCAAAAGUUAACAUGCCGGUAUYCAUUUCCCCCAUGGGAAUCGCAAAGACUGCAGGUCCGGAGGGCGAGGCUGCUCUUGGAGCUGGCGCGGCAGCUAGUGGAAUCGUGCAUUGCAUGUCAACUGCGGCUUCGAUGAGCGUCGAGGACAUUCUUGCAAGCGUGCCAACAACCUAUCCGUACUUCUUCCAGUUAUACGUCGAUAAAGCUCGACACAAGACCGAAGCACUGUUGAGGAAGUUGGAGGCCAUGAAGCAAAUAAAAGCACUGUUCGUAACCGUCGAUUUGCCCGUCGUCAGUAAACGAGAGGCCGAUGAAAGGUUGUUGGUUGAGGAAACCACCUCGGUGUAUGCCAACGGACAAAAGUCUGGCAACGACAAGAAAGGAGGUGGCCUGGCUAGAUCGACAGGAAGCUUUAUUGAUUCAUCUCUGAGCUGGAAGGAUAUUGCAUGGAUCAAGAAACAUUCAAGCAAGCCAAUCGUACUAAAAGGUGUUCAGUCGGCAAUGGAUGCGAAGAAGGCACUGGCGAUGGGAUGUGCUGGUAUCGUCGUCUCAAACCACGGUGGUAGGGCAUUAGACAACUCGCCCGGAACGAUUUUAAUCCUGCUGGAAUUAAGAAGGGACUGUCCAGAGGUGUUCAGCCAGAUGGAGGUGUACAUUGACGGUGGCAUCAGACGAGGCUCGGAUGUGCUGAAAGCCAUCUGCAUUGGCGCCAGAGGGGUGGGUAUUGGUAGACCAUUUCAGUGCGCUGUCGCAUAUGGCCAUGAAGGUGUUGCGCAUGCAGCAGCAGUGCUUCAAGACGAAGUCGAGACGGCGAUGCGUUUGUGUGGCAUCACUGACCUGAACGCCGUUCGCGGAGACAUGUCGUAUCUCAAUACCUCUGAGUUGCAGCAGCUGCUACCACCUCCGCCGAGCACUGGCGGAUGGCUGUUUGGCAGAAGKAGUGCGAAGCUUUGA